AUGGCACCUGUCCAGUGCGAAAAUUCAUCUGUGGCCCUUCACCAGCUCAAAGGCAGUCCCCUUCCACUGCACCUAUUCCCAGACGGGCCCAAGACCAGCGGCCAGCAUCCCCCAAUCUAUGAACAGGCGAAACCAUUCUCAGAGUUCCCCAAAGAGAUAACCGGUCGGACAGUCUGGAAGGCCGAGGAUUACACGAAUAAUCCUGAGAAAUGGAUGCAUCAAUUCAGUGAGGCAGAGAUUGCCGAGUUGAGCCAGGCUGCGGAUACCUUCCUUGAUGCCAGAAUUUCUCUGACAGUUAUUUCUAAGAGUAACUUCCCCCUUCCCAAACUCUCAUCUUUUCUCGCAGAGCUGAGGGAGGACAUUAUCAAUUGCAGAGGGUUUAUCCUGUUCAAGGGAUUUCCCGUCGAGCAAUGGGGUAAUCACAAGUCUGCCGUGGCAUAUAUGGGAUUGGGCACAUAUCUGGGAUACUUCGUCAGUCAAAACGGCCGUGGCCAUGUCCUUGGCCAUGUCAAGGACCUGGGAGAGGACUCCACACAAACCGACAGAGUGCGCAUAUAUAGAACAAACGCAAGACAAUUCUUUCACACGGACGACGGUGAUAUCGUUGGACUUCUUUGCAUCGCAAAAGCGCUCGAGGGUGGGGAGUCCGAUAUCGUCUCAACACACCAGGUGUACAACGGAAUCGCCAAAACACGACCGGACGUACUUGAAACGCUCACGAAGCCCAUCUGGUAUAUCGACCGCAAAGGGGAAACCAGUAUUGGCCAGGAGGAAUAUAUAAGAGCCUGCAUUUUCUACGUCGAGCCAAAGGAGGAUGGGCGGGUAUUUGCGAAAUGGGAUCCAUAUUUUGUCCGAUCCCUCACCCGCUUUUCCGACAAGGGCAUCAUCCCUCCAUUGUCUCCCGCACAACUCGAGGCGCUCACUGUCCUCGAAGAGACCUGUCUCAGACUCGCCCUCCACAUGGUUCUCGACGUCGGAGAUAUCCAAUCCCUCGCUAACUCCCACAUCCUUCAUGCCCGCACGGAAUACAAAGACUAUCCACCCCCUGCUCCACGGAGACACCUCAUGCGUCUCUGGCUGGCAACACCGGAGAGCGAAGGGGGAUGGUCGCUCCCGUUCUGGGACACCAAUGAGAAGAAAAGAGGGGAAUUCAAGUAA